AUGGCACCGACACGGAUCCUACAGUGGAAUUGCAACAGGUUCUCGGCAAGGGCAGCGGAGCUCAAGCUCCGCUUCGAAAGAAAUGCGCCACCAGAAAUUCUGCUGCUGCAGGAGACUAAAACACCGGACAUGGCAAUCACCGGCUUCAACGUUUACCUAACUCCGACCAUCAAAUCUAAGCCAAGCUGCAGGGAGAAGAAUCCCAUUGAAAAGAAAGGAUGGGUGGCAGUUUGCGUACUCCAAAACAUACCACAGACGCAGCUAGACACCACUGCACUCUGCUCGGACAAGAGGGAGGUAGUUGCUGUCCGACUAAAGCGAGGUAAACUUAAACUGGUGGUGGCAUCUGUCUACAUAAAGCCCAAUACCACCCUAAAAAAUGGAGAGACGGCAGAAUGGAUCCGAAAGCUAUCCGGGCUGGCGGAUGGAGACCCACUGAUUGUCGGAGGGGACUUUAAUGCACAACACCGCGAAUGGGGAUACGACACCAACACAAAGAAAGGCCGAGACAUCAUCGCAGCCAUGCAAACAGCCGGGCUUGAACUCCGCAAUGAACAAGGGGUCAAGACGCGACUAGCCAAACAACAACGCCAGAAGGACACUACACCAGAUCUCACGUGGGCCACAAAGCGCCUCGACACCCAAUGGACACCAAGGAGGGACACACAGGGCAGCGACCACUACCCCAUCGAGGUCACAGUCACACACCCAAGUGGGCGGAAAGAUAAGGAGCUUCGACCGAUCAUAAAAUGGGACGGAUUCCGGGAGCUAAUUCUAAGCAGCCUGGAGCGGCACGAAGACAUCGAGGAAAGCAUAUGCAAGGCGAUGAAGGAGGCAAGAACCCACGUUAAUGUCAAACAAGGUGAUCCGACACCGGACACCCACCUUCUGAACCUAUGGGCCAGUAGACUACAAGCGUUAACAAGAUUCAGGAGAAGCAGGGCGACGGCGCAUAAGAUCAAGCUCAACAAAGCGACUGCCAUGGCUAUGAAAUACUCCAAAGAGCUAUGCCGGCAUAAAUGGAGAAGCCACUGCGCAUCAUUCAACGCACGUACCGGACUCGGAAAGGCCUGGCGGACCUACAGGGGGAUGAACAAGAACAAACGCAAGAGCCGGAACGCAGCACAGAACCUUGCGCUUCGCCUGAAAAUGACGGAGGAGGAGCUGGCGGUAAAAGAAGGAGCUAAGAGAUGUGGACUAAGGGGCAGAGCACUAAAAUUCAUCAAAGACUUUCUGGCCAAUAGAAGGUUUAAGGUGAAAAUCGGGAACACAAUGGGCCCGGAGACACUCAACAGCAGAGGCGUACCACAGGGGGCAGUGAUAUCGCCCACAUUAUUUAACAUGGUAAUGGCAGAUUUACCAACGAGACUGCGACGCAUUGAAAACCUCGGGUUCACAAUAUACGCGGAUGAUGUCACAUUGUGGACCAAAGGAGGCUCGCUGGGAGACCAGGAGUUCACUAUGCAACGGGGCAUCGACGAAGUUGCAAAGUACUUGGAGGAAGUCGGGAUGGAGCCGUCCCCUGAAAAAACCCAAUACAUGGUCGUUGCGAGACCAAAGGACCACAGAAAAGGGAUUGCACAGCAAGUGCAACUUCAACUCAUGGGAAAAGAACUAGAACGGCGUCCGAGCAUAAAAAUCCUUGGAGUUACAUUUGAAGAAACAGCUGGGAGUACCAAAUGGCUACCCGAGCUGAGGAAGGUAUGGGACCAGGCCCUGAAAUUGAUUUGUAGGACAACGAGUAAAUCGUGGGGGGCGGACGAAAAAGCAAUCCGGACCAUGGCAGAAGCCCUCCUCACAUCCAGAGCGCUCUACUGCUGCAACUGGAUGAACCUCACCAAGGCUCAGUGGAAGCAGAUUGAAAGGCUGAACAAUCAAACCAUGAGAGUGGUAACUGGACUACCGAGAUACACACCCCUCGACGAACUAAGGAAAUAUGCAAGAAUGAACAAGAUAGAGGAGAAAGCAGAGUCACAACAAAUCGCACACUUUCAACGCCUCGAAAGGACUAAACAUGGGCGAAGACUAUUGGAAAUCCUAGGAUACUCCACGGAAGGUAGGCCCCCGAUCGAGGAGGCUUCCCCACCAUGGCAAGACAUAGGCGUAACUGAUCACAAGCCAACAUUCAAGGGACAAGGAACUAAACAGAGAAAAUUCGCAGCCAAGAAACACGUCCAGUGGCUCGCGGAGAACACUGAAUGUAAGGAAAUAAGGUACACGGAUGCCGCGAAGGACGACGGGGCUGCCGCAGCAGCCUUUGUCGACAUUGCGAGGGACAGGACCUGGUCAGAGAAGCUUCCAACGCAGACCUCGGUUAAAGAGGCUGAACUGCGUGCAAUUUUAGCCGCAGCCAAAGAUAUCCGUGAAAGAAUCGACCCAGGUAACAGGGCCUGGAUCUUCACAGACUCUCAGACGGCACUGAAAGCUUGCCGCAGCUGCAGAACGAGAAGCAGAACGGUCAAGAAGAUCAAGAAUAUUGCGGAGGAGCUCAGGAAGAUGGAUUCCAACAUAACGAUCGAGUGGCUACCCGGACACAACGAUAUCCCGGGGAACGAGAGGGCUCACCAGGCCGCAGCGGAGGCAGCUAGCAGCACCAGCUCCGCGCCAGGCCUUACCUCUCGAGUCGAAACGACGAAUGAAAUGUCAAUAGACCCAGAUGAAAUGGCCGAGCAAGCCAAAGAAGGGAGGAAACUGUACCUGAAGGGUCUUCUGCUAACAGAGGAAGACCCGAUACCACUAGGGUACACGAGAUGGGAGACGGUUUGGCUACGGCGAAUCAGGACAGGGACGGCACUAACGCCGGCGAAAAAAGCAUCCUUCGGACUGAAGGACCACGAGGACCCAACGUGCAAGACAUGCACAGAGGGAUCCAUGGCAACGACCAAACACGUGCUCUGGGAAUGCAAAGGCCUGGAAGACUUUAGAGUAGAGUCAUGGGACUCGCUACCUAGCGAGAAAAGGCCCACGAACCUUGAAGACUGGACCCACCCCAAGGGACAGCCGCAGCACAGAAAAGAAAUCCUGGACUCCCUGAUCAGAUACAUCAGGGACUCUGGGGUCCAUCACUUCAUCUAA